CCCCUUCAACUAACCAACCUCAAUGGGACCUUUCCCUUUCGUCCUGUCCGAUUCUUACAGUUCUCAGCAUCUCUCCUCCCCACCCUCUCUGCCAUCGCCCUCGUGAUCUCUUCCUUUUUUUUUUUUAAAUUAUUCUAUGGCAAAACGACAACUUCCUUAAUAAGGCUCCCAAACCAAGCCAAAAGUUUCAAACUUCAACAUUAAAAAACAAGCUAAGAAAGAAAAAAAUGAUUUUUUAUUAACAAAUCUGAGUUCGUUAUCUACUCGUCUCCUCCCGCUCCUCCCAUUUGACCCCAAAGGCUUUUUUUUUUUUUUCUUCUCUCUGCUUUUUGAAACUCUGCGUUUCGUAUAGUUAUGAAGUGUUUUCAUUUUACUAACGGGGACAGGCGAGGUGGGGGAGACGAUGGCGGCGCCGCCGUUUCUAGGGCGUCAUCAAAGGUGACUUGGACGAGGUCGUUAAGCGUGGCAUCAAGCAUUUUCGACACGCAUCGUUCCGAGUUCGACUCCGAGUCGACUAGGGACUUUGCCUCAGACUACUCGGCGGUGAGUUUCUGCGAGUUUCUGACUCAGCGUCGAGCUAACGAUCUGCGGGUGUUCACAUUCGCGGAGCUGAAAUCUGCUACCCGCGGCUUCAGUAGAGCUCUUUUGAUUGGUGAAGGAGGGUUCGGGUGCGUUUACCGAGGUGUUGUUAAGGUGCCCGAUGAAACUAACGACGGUCGUGAUUUAAAGUUGGAUGUCGCCAUCAAACAGCUCAAUCGUCACGGUUUCCAGGGGCAUAAGGAAUGGAUCAAUGAAGUGAACUUUUUGGGUGUAGUUAAGCACCCGAAUCUUGUAAGUUUGGUGGGAUAUUGUGCGGAGGAUGAUGAGAGAGGGAUUCAGAGACUUCUGGUCUAUGAGCUUAUGCGUAACAAAAGCUUGGAGGAUCACCUCUUGGCUCGGAUGCCAUUGCCGUUGCCAUUGCCUUGGGUGACAAGAUUCAAAAUUGCUCAAGACGCCGCCCGGGGCUUGGCUUACCUGCAUGAAGAAAUGGAUUUUCAGCUAAUAUUUCGAGAUUUUAAAACAUCAAAUAUUCUACUAGAUGAGGACUUUAAUGCAAAGCUCUCAGACUUUGGAUUGGCGAGGCAAGGACCUGCUGAAGGAUUUGGCCAUGUUUCAACAGCAGUUGUGGGCACAGUAGGAUAUGCUGCCCCUGAGUAUGUGCAAACUGGCAAGCUAACUGCUAAGAGUGAUGUUUGGAGCUUUGGGGUGGUUCUAUAUGAGCUCAUCACAGGAAGGCGAGCACUGGAAAGAAAUCUACCUCGUAGUGAGCAGAAGCUCCUGGAAUGGGUGAGACCUUAUGUGUCAGAUUCAAAGAAAUUUCACCUUAUUGUAGAUCCCCGCCUUGAAGGGCAAUAUUGCAUCAAAUCAGCUCAGAAACUAGCUUCCCUAGCAAACAAAUGUCUAAUGAAAAACCCAAAGUCCCGCCCUAAAAUGAGUGAAGUAGUUGAGAUGCUAGGUAAUAUUAUUAGUGAGACUUCAUCUCAAGAUGAAGGUGUGUCUGAAUCUGUCAAUGAAACUGAAGAUGUAAAGGAAGAAAGUGCAGUAGAGACUGAGGUCGAGUCUACUAAGCAAGGGCACAAUUACCUGAAGAAGGUUUUUGAUUUCAGAGAGAUAAUUAGCUUAAGAAACAGAUCGGUUGGGAAGUUGGAUUGGAGAAACUGGACACCUGGGCUGGUGAAGACUUGGUAACGAGCUUUCAGCUUGUGACCAGGAAAGAAAUAGAUAUGUCCCUCGCACUGGUCAAUGAAUGCAUUUCCUUAAUCAAAUACAUAGCAUGAAUAUAGAUACGUUUCAGUUCUUGAACAUUUGGAGGAGAAUUUCUUUCUCUCUCCAAUUCAUUUUUGUUCAAAAGUAGUUGUAAAUAUAGUUUGCAAGGAAAGCUGCAUCUGUGGUUAAUGCAAGCUAUUCCUUCACGGUGUGAAGCAUUAAGUACAUGUUUUAUAUUUUCUUUACCCACGAUAUGUAUUUUUUUCCAGUGGCCAUUGAUGGCCAUCUAUUUUAAUUGGUUUCCAGCUCCAUUUUUAGUUUCCUCCUAAGGGUUCCUGAGGUUGUUGAUUGACUUGGAUGGGGUAUUUCUGGAGGACGGAAAUGGGGAAAAUGCCUUGCCUUCUGCAUCAUCGUUGUGAAGAAGGUGAUAUUGUACAUGAAUAUCUCUCCUACAUUUGCUUGAAUUGAUAAGACCAUUAAGUCCAACAAAAUACCUAAAACGACUAACAGUCUUAACUAACAAGCCAAUUGAAUGCCAAUCUUGUCCGCUGAAUUAAAAUAUCCAACCACUCCAUUUUUGACCGGGUUUUCGGGCACACCGGCAAGUAGGGCUGUGUCGGUUGCAAAUGGAAUUGUCCUUUCGGUAACAAUCUAAGCCCUCCGUACCCAAGGAAUUUUCUCUGAAGAAAUAGAUGAUCAAGAGAGAAUUUGAUUAUUCCGGGACUCUGAUUUGAAUAUUACACAGUACAGAUAGACAAAACACCUGGAGAAUGAAGCAGAUUCUUCGUGAUUGUAUCUCCUCCCAUACUCCAGCAUCUUCUGUUAGCCUUUCUCUGCUCUGAUGCCGGGUCUAGAACGUGGAUUCUUUGAAGUAAGCCGUCAACUUUAGUGCUGCUGACAUUUUUUAUAGACUUUAUAUCGGAAAGAUGUGGAAGCCUGAAAACGCCCCUACUUUAAUGGUGAAAAGAUGAAAAGACUCUUUGGACUAAAACCCAUUUCUAGUUUAUCCAUGUCCUAAGCUUCACCUUCCAUUCCAGAAAAAGGGAUCUUAUAUAUAUGUAUACACACACAUCCUUUUUUGGACUACUUUUGAGCUUGCGGUCCCAAUUGACAUAUCUACCAUUCAAAUAGGUUCCAGCCAAAUCAUUGAGCCUCUACCAUUCAAAUUCUCAGUUGUCAUCCUCAAAAGACAAUCAACACAUCAAAAACCAGUGCAUGUAAAGGAAAAUUUGACAGAUUCA